AAGAAAUAGAUCGAACACAAUACUGUGUGUGUCCAUUUUCGUCAGUUUAUAAAUGAAAGUGCAAAGUCAAAGUAGUUCGUUCUCUUUAUCUGAAGUUGUCAAAGGGGAAUCACCCUGCAAAUAAGGGUACAGUGACAUUGAGCAUAUCUAGCUACCCAUCUGAUCCGAUCAGAACUCAGAAAUGGAUGAUGAAAGAGUGGUGCAUACUGGAGGUUGCCAUUGUAAGAGUGUAAAGUGGAAAGUGCUUGCUCCUUCUAGUGUUGUGGCAUGGGACUGCAACUGCUCAAUCUGCUACAUGAGAAUUAAUACUCACUUUAUUGUACCUGCUGACAAUUUUGAGCUAUUGGGAGAUUCCGGGAAGUUUCUUACUACUUAUACUUUUGGCACUCACAUUGCAAAGCACACAUUCUGUAAAAUCUGUGGUAUAACCUCAUUCUAUUAUCCACGCUCAAAUCCAGAUGGGGUUGCAGUUACAUUCAGGUGUGUUGACCCUGGAACCUUGACACACAUUGAAAUCAGGAAUUUUGACGGGAAGAAUUGGGAAAGCUCAUAUAAUCAGACAGGCAUCUCUUCGUGUUCAAAGGUGCAGAAGUAAAUCCCAUAACAUAAAGGGACUAGAAAAUAGUUGAGAUCAAAAGCUAUCCUGUAUGAAGAUUUUUGUUCCCUCAAUACAUUUUGUGUUGUUCAUCCAAAUACUCUGGAGUAUGGACAUGAUAAAUUUGACUGUUAAAGUGUACAAGUAAUAACACAUGUGAUGGCACACGUGAUCAGCACAAGGAGGAUGAGUGAGUCUGUGAUCUAGUUCCAUAAGUUCUUCUGUUAUGUAGUUGCGUGUAGCUGAUAUGUAUACGGUUAAUUGGUUUUGAGAUUUAUGGUGAUUAGGUGUAAUUUCUGUUGAAGCUAGUUGGUCUGUUUAGCUAGUCUUUCUUGUUUUCUUCCAGCUAUAUAUGUACUUGUAUCAGUAGAUGAACUCAGUUUUCUCAUAUAUGAAUACCAGAAAGUCACAUUCAUAAGAUG